CAAGUAAUUUCUGAGCUUCCCUCUCUAAUUUUGAGCUUCAUUUCUGCUAAAAUCAUACUCCCCUCCACAGAUUCCCCAUUUUCCAUCCCUAAUUUAUGAGCUUCCUUCCCCGCAGAUCUCCAAAAUUUGUAAUUGAUUUUGGUAAAACUCAAAAACCCAUUGAACCUAGCUGCAAAAUUCGUUUUCUCCAAUCUAAUCCAUCAACGACAAAGGGUUUCGCGCAGCCAACCGCAGCCCCGCUUGCUAUCUCCUCUCCAUCAACCAUGGAACUUGAGGGAUGAGCAAUUCGUGUAAGCUUGGCACAAGGAAGAAAAUCUUAAGAUGAUAUAGCCAAAGUGUACAAAAUUUGACAAGCACUGAAGGUAAAUGUCAAAGUCAUAGAAGAGAUGGAAGGACAAAGAUAUGUGCAUAGCCUAGAUGUGCAGUCACCAAUCCCUUUCCAUUUUUUGUCUAUAAUUCAUUUACCUUCAACUACUUCGGUGUGGGAAUUGUGACAAUUUCUCUAGCACCUUUGGAGAUGUGCAAACUUAAUUUGGUGUAGUAAAGAAGAGGUUGUUGAUCAUUUAGUAGAAAAGGGUUUUCUUAGAAAGUAUAACUAGACUUCUCAUUAGAAGGAUUCUGCAGUGGUGAAUUCUAGUGAAAAUCGAAAUGAAGAGGAAAUAGCUUUUAAUCAUGAUAUGAGAGGGUUGCUACAAGAUGCUUUUGCAGGGGUUGAUAUGGAAGAUAGCAUCCCCAAUGAGGAUGCUGGGCAGAAACUAUACCCCAAUUGUGAAGAGAAUAAGUUAGCUGCUGUUGUGCAUUUAUUUCACCUAAAAUGCUUAAAUGGGUGGAGUAAUAAGUCUUUCACUCAAUUAUUAGAGUACUUGAGCUUCUUGCUACUAGAAGGGAAUGUGUUACCUAAGUCUUAUAGUGAAACCAAGAAAAUCAUUAGAAGUUUAGGCUUAAGUUAUGAGAAAAUACAUGCUUGCCCUAAUGAUUGCAUGUUGUUUUGGAAAGAUAAAGCUAAUGAUGAUUUAUGUUCUAAGUGUGGUGCUUCGAGGUGGAUUGUUAACACAAAUAUUGAAGAAGAUUCCAUAGAUUGCACAAUGAAAAAGAAAAAACCAAAAGCUGCUAAGAUCUUGCGAUGGUUCCCUUUAAUCCCAAGAUUACAGCGGCUGUACAUGUCUUCAAAAACUGCUUCUCUUAUGAGAUGGCAUGAUGAAGAACGGACUAAGGAUGGACUUAUUCGCCAUCCUGCAGAUAGUCUAGCUUGGAAACAUUUUGAUGAAAAAUAUCCAGACUUUGCUGUUGAUCCUCGAAAUUUGCGAUUGGGUCUGGCUUCUGAUGGAUUUAAUCCAUUCAAUCCUGGAAACAAAAUUGAUAUCUACAUGCAGCCACUCAUUGAAGAGUUACAACAACUAUGGGAUGUUGGGAUUGAAACUUUUGAUGCUUCUAAAGGGGAGAGAUUCCAGUUGAGAGCUGCAUUAUUGUGGACCAUCAAUGACUCUCCAGCUCGGGCAAUGCUGUCCGGGUGGAGUACUAGGGGGGAAAAGGCUUGUCCAUGCUGUGGUUAUAACACAGAAUCUAUGUGGUUAUAUCACAGUAGGAAAUAUUGUUAUAUGGGCCAUCGGAGAUGGUUAGAUCGAAGGCACAGUUAUCGACAUGAUAAAAAAUCUUUUGAUGGAAAUAAGGAGCUUCGAAUGCCACCUGGUCGAAUAUCCGAAUCAAAAAUUUUGAGUCAUGCAGAUAAUGUGAAUAUAAUGGAAGGGGAGUCAAGUCAGCCUUUGAUAAAGAUUAGUAUUUUCUUCACUCUUCCUUAUUGGCAGCACAAUCUACUUCCUCACAAUAUUGAUAUGAUGCACACUAAGAAAAAUGUCUUCGAUAACACUUAUGGAACAAUAACUGACCAAGAUGGAAAAACAAAAGACAAUUACAAAGCACGUUGUGACCUCCAGGAUAUGGGGUUGAGGGCUGAUCUACAUCCAAACCAGGAUCAAGCAAUAACUCUAAGUUGCUGCCCAAAGCUUGUUAUCAAAUGACUACAAAGGAGAAGGAUGCAUUUUUUAAGGUCUUAAAGGACAUUAAAUUGCCAGAUGAAUACUCAUGUAAUAUCUCCCGUUGUGUUCAAGUUAAACAACGGAAGAUAAUAGGACUUAAAAGUUAUGAUUGCCAUAUUCUUAUGGAAGAACUUUUACCAGUGGCAAUUCGAGGAUCUUUGCCUAAAAGAGUUGCUUCAAUUAUUAUUGAGUUGUGUCACCUUUUCAAAUGCUUGUGUGCAAAGGUUCUCAAAGAAUCUGAUCUUGAUGAGUUAAAGUCUCAAUCUGCAAUAAUUUUGUGUGAAAUGGAAAAGAUCUUCCCACCUUCAUUCUUCACUGUGAUGGUGCAUCUUAUCAUGCAUUUGGCAGAAGAAGUAAAGCUUGAUGGGCCAG